AUAAACAUGCAACAGAUGCUGUAGUCUUGUUUAUCACAUUUACAGUAUAGUAAGAGAAACACAGAGGAAGAAAGAGAGAAUUAUCCUACAUUAAAGCUUCGUUGCCAUGGAAAGCUGUUGCAAUGGGACACGUGAAGGUGGUUCAGCAUUCUUUUGUAAGCCAUUGAAUGUACAGCUGCUAAUCGGGGGUAUCGGCGCAAUACUGGUCCUCUCACUAUUUUGGAAUAUUUUUUGCUGUGUAUCAAAAUGUUGCUCAGCAGGAGAAGGGAGGUGUAAACCAAGGACAAGACGAAGACGGAGCUCGAGGCAGAUGGAAGAUAAUCCUAUUUAUGGAAAUAUAAGCUACAUGCAGACGAGUAAGUACGUUGUACAUGUGUCUCUCUCAGAGCUUUUAUCUGUGUGUGUUCAAAGUGUGAUGUUGUUUUCCACAGGCAUGACUUUGUUCACUGGAGCUGAUCCUCAAUACGCUUCAUCUGUGAGGGAUCAACACAGAGUCAACUCUGAAUCACAGUCCAAAACUCAGGAUUGCUAUGCCAACCUGACCCUGAAGCCUCCUGGGCCGCAGUCUGGCCGCAGCUCUCCACAAAUACAGUACUCAGAUGUGGUUCAUUUAGAGGAGCAGCUGGAGUCAGAGAAGGAAGAUGAAGGCAAUGCAGACGACCUCUCCACCAUGUCUGAUCUAUAUGCCUCUGUGCAAAAUCAGCGCACCAAAACCAUUGAUACUGCAGACAGCGGGGAGGGCUAUGCCAACCAUCUCUGAGAUGAGAUGGUCUUUGUGCAGCUUGACCUUC